AUGGGACCCUUGGUCAUGGUCCAUCUUCUUCCCUAUUCUUCUCUAAGAAACACAUUGAAGCAGGUAAAGAAAAUUAGGAUGUUUUCAUCAGGGACACAGCCCAUUAGAGGACCCCAUAAACGGUUUACGGUCGUUUCGCCAACGUCCUGUUCCCCAACUUCUGAAGUCGAUUCGCUUGCGUGUUGAGUCAGCUCCUUAACGGCUUUCUCCUGAUCAGUGGCUGAAAGAACGAAGUAUGUACUUGCGUAUCGCACUUUUUUUUAUCAUGGCUGAGAGAACGAAGCAUAUACAUGCGCAGCGCUCGGUUCGCUUCUUAGCUGAACGACAUGACACAUUCGCGAAUGGGACGUUAGCGAAACGACUCGUGACACGUUGGCGAAACAACCGGUCACCCUCUAAGCUACGGCUCAAGCCACAUGCAAAUGCUAAAUAUUUGUUAACUUUAUUACAAGUGCAAUCAUUGAGUCGUCGUACUUCUUCCAUUUAAAAUGUGGUAUCAGCUACAGAGAAUUGAGGUUUUAACAGUAGGGAUUAAAAGGUUUAUCAAUUGUAUUUAUCCUGUAGAAUCUGAUGCUGACUCAGCGGAUACCCUGAGGUUAGAGAAUGAAAAACUGCGAACGCAAGUUGAGAGUCUAAAGGCAAUUGCUGAACAAAACACAAGUUUGAUGUGGUCCAUGCAGAGUUAUCAGUACCAGGCAGAGGAGAUAAGACAGCAGUACAACAACAUGAUAGCAGCUAAAGAUUAUGAAGUAUGGAAACCCUGCAUGAAAAUUCUUAGUCUUUGAAGGGUCUUAACCUAUUCAUUUUUGUGCUAAAUAAAACUAUGGCACCUUGCAAGAAGCGCCUCCUUUUGUCUUCUUGAUUGAGAAGGACGGUAACUGGUCAAGUCGCCCGAAAGUUAUCUCCCCUAAAACCAGAAUUAAGUCGCCCGAAAUACUGAGUCAUGUCGCCCGAAUUUUAUCAGGUGAAGUGCAUAGAGAAACAAAGUGAAUUUUUGUGAAAUAAAGAGUGUGUGUAACAUAUAUCGUUCUUUAAACCAUCAUUAGACGAAACAAGCGGAAUGAAUGUGUAACAUACCUCGUUCUUUAAGUGAUGUUGAGACGAAACAGGCGAUAUAUUAAGCUUAUGUGUAAUAUCUCUCUCUCUCUUUAAUCCUUGAUGAACAACGAAACAAGCGCGAUAAAUGAGUAAUAUAUCUCGUUCUUUAAUCUUCGAUGAGACGAAACAAGGGCGAUAAGUGUGUAAUAGGGAUGCUAGGAUGUUGUUGAGCGUGAUAAAAUUUCGAGCCACCUAACUCAGCAUUUCGGGCGACAUCACUCUGAUUUCGGGCGAUGAUGACUUCGGGCGACUUGACCAGAAGGAGAAAAGGACUCUCUGCCUGAAUCGCGCCAAGCCUUUGAAGUCACAGCAACCGGGAUUUCUGAACUAGUCAAUCUUGUUUUCUCUCGUCAAACUGUUUUUUUAAUGCAAGCAUCCAUUUAUUGAUAAAAUUGCUGGUCAUAACUGAGCCCGCCGUACUAAGCGCAUGACUCUUAGGCCUGGAUUGGAAACUUUAUCCAAGCAACAUGCAACUCUCGAUUCAUGCAGUCUUUCUCGAGUACAGCAAUAUUGAUCAAGCAAGCGAAAGAAAGGCGCUGCUGGCAGGUUGAAACUAUCUUUGAAGGCUAGUAGAAUCCAUUUCCCGCCAUCCUCUGAACUGAGCGCGAACCACUGUAACUAUUCAAAUCAUAAUAGAAAACACCCAAGCAGGAAGAUAAAACUUCAAAUACAUAAAAAAUACAAGGUAUUUCUUUUUUGGGGUGAAAGCCGUGCUAGGCAUUACACGGUAUCCACAGUAUAAGUAAUUAUGAACUCUACCUUUUUUUCCCCUUCCUGUUAGAUAUUUAGUCUGACGAAAGCCCUGCAAGAUGCGAAUAUCCUCACUGAUCCAAAGGUAGUGUAAACACGUUAAUAACGUUUCCUUUUGUUUGAACCCUUCAGGCUCCAAGGAUGAUAGGCAUUAAAUUUAUCCUGGCUUGUAAUGCAGAAAAGACAUCGCAAUAUAGGACGUAACCAUACAAUAUGGAUUCUCUUGACGUGUUUUCAGCAACUUGUCUUUACUACUUUUUCGUUUUCGUUGUCUUCUCUCUUAGAGGUCGUAGGAAUAAAGUCAUAAUUACGGUCAUCUCGCCCGAAGUUUUGUCGCCCGAAACGAGAAUUAUGUUCAAAACUCAAGUGGAACCGUUUUUUGACCAGGAGUGUAGGCAAUGGAAAAUCGUCUCUAUUGCGCUUUUUUCAGAAGAAAUUUUCUGUUGUUGUUGUUGUCGCUGUAUUUUUUUUUUCAGCAACGGUUUUUUAACUGCGGCAAGUUUAGGUCAGUUUAUGUUAGAGCGCUGGUCCAUUUAGCGGGAGUUCGUAGGUUCCCGGGGUUGGACCAAACCUCAGCACAAUCUUCACAAAGGCGAUUCGGUUCCCACCUCCUUCCCAGCGCAUCUUGUUUGUAGACUCGUUCUCAAGACAAAACAAAAAUAAAACUUCAUAAGAAUGCAAGACUUUCCUUUUGAUUUUCAGAGAGCGAUGGCUGAGUUCGAAAUUCUAGUGGACCUGGGCAAGGAUAGCCAUAAUGUCACAGACAUGGACCUCGAUACAGAAGAACUGACAGACCUUAACGAAAACGGCAACGAGAACAGCAAGCUUGGGAUGCAGGGUGAAAUUGGUGGAAUGGGAGAGUUUACGGCAGAGAAAAACGCAGAAAAUGGAACUGGUGUGGAUCUUGCAGAUGGUAGUGGAGGUUUGCAGAGUGACAGUUUGAGUACAGAGCUGGUGGAAGUUGGCAACAGUGAAGAACUUUGUCUUGAAAGUUAUCCUGUGCAGGAGGUUCCAAUGAAAGAGGGUAACAUUGGGUGCCCUGUUGAAAGUGAAAACGUAAACACUGAAACAGAAGAAAAGGGGAUCAAAGAGGAAGUGAAAGAUGAGAAGCUUGAUGAAGGUAAGGUGGCAGAUGACAAAAACAGCCAUCAAGCUGAGGAAGACAUAAACACCGAGGAGAAGGCGGAGGUAUUUGUCAAAGAUGAAAAGAGCCACGAGGAAGACGCGGAAAAAGAAACCAGUCAGGAAGAGAAAGAAACUGAAAAAAUGAAACAAGUGGAAGAUGACAACGUAGAAGAAGAAGGGAGUGGCCGCUUUGUGGAGAUCGAUGACGAGCAGUUCGAAGUGAUUGAUGACAUGGAUGAAGAAGACAGCGAUGAUGAUUACAAAGAAAUUACUGCUGCGGGCAGUUCUGUGCAGGUCUUUGAUAACAGCGCCCAAAAAGUUCAAGACAAUGAAAAGGCAGAGUAUAUGAACAGUGACCGUGCAAACGAACAGCUUGCGAGUGAUUCAACUAAUUAUGCUGAGCUUUACUCUAGUACCCAGGGAAAAACGCAACAAAGCGAAGAUGAUUACAAAGAGGUAAACGCGCAACACCAGGUAACCACCGACUCAUCAAAUUACAAACUAAAUUACGAUUCCCAGUAUCAAGCCUGGCUCUCAGCAGCUGUGAACAGCCGUGCAUCUUUGAAUUACGGACCCAACCAGGUGCGCAUUUCCGGGGAGGAGCUCGUACUUGUUGGUAUUAUAUGUUCCUACCUCCAGCUUUGCCCCGCAGGAGCUACAAGUGGCGAGAUACGAGAUUACCUGUCGAGGCAGUUCAAGGAGCGAAGAAGGGAUGUGGUAGAUAGAUUGCUUUCAAGCUUGCCCGUUUUGUUCAAGGCAGAGGAUGCUAGUGGAAAUGCCAAGUGGAAGUUCUGUGGAUUAGAGAAGUUGGCUGAGGCAAAAGGCGAGAGCUGA